CUGCUGGUAAACAAAAAAAACAUAAAAUCCGCAAAUCGUUUUUCGGGCGUUUUUUCGGUUUAUUCGAGUUAUUUCGUGAUUUUUCUGUGAAUUGUGGGCAUAUACCGGCAAAUUAUGGCCGACGAAGAAUACGAACGGUUCGAGAUCACUGAUUUCGAUCUGGACAACGAGUUCAAUCCGAAUCGGGGUCGCCGAAGGCCAACCAAGAACCAGCAAAUCUACGGCAUCUGGGCUGACGAGGAAGAUUCAGAAAACGAGGAAGAGGCGGGUCCUUCCCGAAGGGGUCGGAACAAGCUGAUAGGGACCGGUAAGAAAUCCUCCAAGGGUGGCUAUAGUGGUCCGAUCGAUUUCGUGUCCGGUGGGAUUCAGCAAUCGGGGAAAAAGAAAGAAGAGGAAAAGGUUGAGGAAGAGGACGAAGAUGAUGACGGGGAGGUGCAAAUGCGUCCCAGGUUCGGAGCUUCGAAGAAGGGGAAGGUGUCUGGGACCAGUUCUGAGUCGGAAUCGGAAGCGGUUCCGAAGCCGGAUGAUUUUCGAUCGAUGGCUGGGUUCCGCAAGUUUACUGCGAGUCAGAGUGCUUCGCUGGGUAAAGGCGUCGGAAAUUGGGAACAACACACCAAGGGAAUAGGUGCCAAGCUGUUGCUUCAGAUGGGCUAUCAACCGGGCAAAGGUUUGGGAAAAGAUCUGCAGGGUAUCGCAGCACCGAUUCAGGCUCACCUGAGAAAGGGAAGGGGAGCCAUCGGAGCUUAUGGCCCGGAGAAGAAGACCGUCGUAAUGGAACCAAAGCAGAAGAAGGAUAAGGAGGAAAUUAAGGCCAAGGUAGGAGGUUUGCCUUUUUUUUUAAACAAAUAUUUAAAAACAAUGUUUCCUUUUCAGGAGAAAGAUGACGAUCAGCACUGGCGCAAAGAUAAACAGCACAAGGGUCGAUACUUCUACAAGAGCGUGGAGGACGUUAUCGAAAAGGGUAAACGUUCGUAUGCUCCCUUUGAUCGAAACUCCUCUAAAGCGAGCCAGGUGAAGGUGAUCGAUAUGACUGGACCGGAAAGCCGAGUGUUAAGUGGAUACCAUGCACUCGGACAGGCUAAGAUGGUCGAUGAAGAUUUCUUCGAGGCGAAAUCUAGUAAGGACACGAAGAAUUUUGCACUGCCGGAAUUGAUGCACAAUUUAAACUUGAUGGUCGAAAUGUGCGAACAGGAUAUCAUCUCGAUCGAUAAACAGAAAUGUUCCGCUAAGGACAGGGAAGAGCAGCUGGAAAUUGAGAAAGAAAAUCUUAUUCGCAUUACCCAACUCGAGAAGGAUUACAUCCAGACUUUGGAGGGAGCGCUAGAGUUAGUGAAGGCUUUAGUAGAACCAGAAGAUGGUUCGGUUUCACUAGAGGAUUGUGAGAAGAUCUUUAUCCGAAUCCAAUGUGAUUAUCCUUCCGAGUACAAGGAAUUCGGCUUGGCAGAUUUAGCUCCAGGAGUAGUUGCCCCGCUCAUAGCAGCCAGAUUGAAGGAAUGGAACCCGUUUGUCGAUCCCACACGCCAUUUAGAACUUAUCAAAAGCUGGCGUUCAAUUCUUGGAUCGACCGAUACCGAGAAACGAAAUCUUCUGGAUCCAUACUCGGGUCUGGUAUGGUCCGGAGUAAUCCCUAGUAUUCGCACGGCCGCCUCUAAUUGGGAUCCGCGACUACACCAGCCGAUGAUAGCUCUGCUCGACGCCUGGGCUCCUCUUUUGCCGGCCUGGAUUUUGGACAACGUUCUGGAGCAGAUUAUUCUCAGUAAGCUUAACACCGCUGUCAUCGAAUGGGAUCCCCUCACCGAUACCAUUCCGAUACACAUCUGGAUUCAACCGUGGGCCGGUAUUUUGGGCAACAAGAUGGAAGACAACAUCUACCCGACGAUUCGGGAAAAACUGAGCAAAGCACUGAAGGCAUGGAAUCCGGAGGAUCGUUCGGCGCGGGCCAUGAUUACGCCCUGGAAGGGUGUAAUGGCCGAGGAACAUCUGCAGGUAUUCCUGACCAAAAACAUCAUUCCGAAGCUAGAGCUGAGGCUGACGGAGCUCGUUAUCAAUCCCCUGCAGCAAGAUUUAGAGAUCUUCAACCAAGUCUGGGAAUGGAACGAACUGGUUUCCACCAUUCAAAUGGCUUCUAUCCUAGACAAAUUCUUCUUCCCCAAAUGGAUUCAAACGCUGGUGCUCUGGCUCAACCAAUCACCUAACUUCGAUCAGGUCACCCGUUGGUACCAAGGUUGGAAGUCACAGUUCACCGAUGAAAUAGUCCGGCAAACCAACAUCAAGGAAAGCUUCCGCAAAGCACUGGAGCUCAUGCAGCGCUCGAUUGGAGUGACUACCAGUGGCGGCGUUUCUUCGGGAUCCCCGGAACCUAUGGAUACAUCGAGCAGCAGCUCAAUUCCGCCGCCACCGAAACCUCCCACGAUGAUGGACGUUCACGUGGAUUCGGCACCAACGUUGGAAUUUAAGGAGCUGGUUUCGCAACGGUGUGCCGAACGUGGUAUCAUUUUUGCGCCAAUGCCCGGUCGUCGGGAAAGUGGCAAACAAGUGUACCGGGUCGGGAAACUGUUCUGCUACAUCGAUCGGUCGGUUUGCAUCGUUAGUCUGGACGGGGGUGUCAAUUGGACACCGAUUUCGCUGACGGCCAUGCUGGAUCGGGCGGUGAGUGGUUGAAUUAUUUAUUUUUUCAAUGACUUAUACACGCUGCUAUUGACCGUCGUUAAUCGAAUGAUCAAAAACAUUUGGUGGCUCACUAACGAAACUUCAAAAUAUAUUCUAUUAAUGGAAGAA